AUGCAGACGCCAAACUUCCAGAUAGUGGAGAAAAAGGAGAGAAAGCAUACUGCGUGUCUAGGCUGUCGAAUUCGGAGACGUAAAUGUGAUAAUGUGAAGCCCAUUUGCUCUGGUUGUCAAGAAAUCAAUAUUCCAGCUGAUCUAUGUCUCUAUCAUGGUGCAAGAGUUGGAUUCAAAGUCAAUGGUUCUAAAAAGACAUUGGAGAAACUAAGAGACAAGAAAACUCAAUUACUCAAAGAGCAAGCUGCAUUAACAAGGGUUGGUCAAAGGAGAAGCCAAUAUCAAGGUUAUGAAGCUUAUUACCUUCCGUCAUAUCAUAAUAAUCAAUUCAAGAAAAACCCACUAAUGUGUACGAUGGGUGAUGUUUCGGGAACAUUGACUCAUUAUGGUCCAAUAUCUUGGUUUGCUUUGAUCUCAGUUCAAGAACCUUUGAAAAAGCUAUCAACUUGGUUCAUCAAUGUUAUGAAGUUUGAGAAAGAUCGGUAUAACAAGUCUAAAUUCGAGAAAAAAGUUGAAGAAGAUAAUGUCUUGAGGACACUCAACAAACUCUUAAUUGAAUUCUCAUUGGGAUGUAUGGAAAUACCUGAUAAAUAUUCACUCUUGAAUCAAAUCUUAUCAGUCAUUGUAUCAAAAUUACCAAUUCAAUCAGUUUCGGAAGAACUUUUAAAGUUUUAUUUCCAUUUAAAUCAACAAAGAGCUGUCGGAUUUGUUUAUUUGGAUAAGGAUUCAUUUUAUGAAAAGCUUGAAAAAUACAUCAGUUUUGAUGAUAAAGGAAAAGCACAUUUGACAAUGAGUCUCCCCAAGGAUCAAGAUGGUUUAUCUUUCAUUAUGCUCUAUUUAUCUAUGCUCACAUAUCAAGCAUUCUUUGCAAGCACUUUAAAUACAUCUUCAUACCCACAAGUUAAUCAUUUACAGAUGUUGGAGUAUCUGGAAACGUUGCUAUUAGCUUCAGAAGUUUUACAAAGUGAUGAAUCAUUUGGAAUAUCACCUUUUUUAGACCCAGAAACCUUGUUGGCCAUUAUUCACGUUUGUGUUUUCCAAAGAUGCACUCCACAUGGAAAUAUUAGUCGUGGUAUUAUUGGUGGUAAUGAUGUUCUUAUAGUGAGGCAAUUGAUUGUGUAUGCAAGAAUCUUGAGACUCGAUGAAGAUAUUGAUGUGGCUUACCAAACAAAGACUCCUGAGUAUAGGAAAAGUUUGAAAUCCAUUUGGUAUUGUUUGAUGUAUUUUGAUAUUUCUGAGGGGUUGGAAACUGGAAUUCCCUUAAAGAUAAAACCAAAAGAGCUAGAAAGGUACAAAAAUGAAAACCUAUACAUUAGGUCCAUGAUAGUUAUCAAUGAUGUAUUGAACCAGUUUAAUGAUAAUGUUUUAAUGGUGGACAAACUGAAACUUAUAGAAUGGAUACAAAACACACUGGCACCUCAACUUGACAACUUUUUGAAAAAAAAGUUUCCGUCUGCUGAAGAACAUAUUGAAUAUUUGGAAAAGUUUGACUUUGACAAUAUAAAUGAUUCGCACAAAUACGUUUGGCAUUUGCAAAUGGCGGCAAUAAGAAUCCUGAUAUAUUCAACGUCGGCUUCUUUUUAUCACUUCUGUGCCACAGUCACAGAUCAAAUUGGUGUUGAAAGUAAAAAGUUCAGAUAUAUUGCAAUGAAAAGAAUGGGGGCACUUGUGGUUUUCAUUAGAAAUGUUCUGAAUGCUGUUAAAAUUUUGAGUGAGCACAAAAAUAGUUCCUAUUUUUCACUUGUUUCUUCACUUUUGGUUAUUUCAAGACAAAUGACAUUUGCAUUGAGAAGAGUAUCAAUUUAUAUAGGUGGAAUGGUUGUGAGAAACUAUGACCAACAAUACAGCCUCCAAUUUUUGAGCACUCUGAUGAAUGAUUCAGAUAGAUAUGCAAAAACUCUUCUUGACACAUUGAUUAAAACAUCUGAUUACCAUUCAUUUUCAUUUUCACUGGAUUCACUUGAAAAUUUUGAAAUUGAAAAAAACUUUGAUGAAUUGGAUAAAUAUUACUUUAGGUUGGAUGACUAUAAAUUCCUUGCUUUUGAAAACUGCAGAAUUUUACAACAGAUGAUGAAAUCAUUGGAAAACAAGAAAUACAACUUGAACUUUCUAAGAUUAGAUUACAUCUUCUUCUAUGGAUUAACUGCAAGCAAUUUGUUUUUGGCCCUUGCGUUUUCCUCAGAUGAAAUAAAAGACAAUGCAAAAGUGGCAGGCAAAAUACCGGACGCUCAUGACGAUAACGGUAAUAAUAUUGAAACAGAACACCAAACUGAAAUAAGUGACGCCAGUCGUAACAACGAUUUUGAUUUCAAUGACCUGUUUGAGCGUGCCAUAGAUACCAAUUCCGAGAGAUUUGAUUUCAAGAGCUUUUUCACCACUUCGAAUGAUCUUUACCAACAUGAAGAUAUUGAACAAUUCCUUGAAAACUUGACAAUGCCACUAUCUGAUUACUAUAGCAAUAAUUCUCCAUAUUUCUGA